GGUUGCAGAAUGAAGAAGACCCAAACUUGAUACAGUUUUACAGAGAAGUUCAUUGGUCAAGAAAGAAGGGAUGCUUUAUAACUGGCCAAGCAGAACAGAACUACAAACUAAUGCUUGAGCGAUUGGAUGAGACUGAGGUGAAUACUGAAAACAACAAUGAGAAGUGCAAUGCAGCUUUCAAGGAGGUUUUAGGAUAUAAAGCAGGAUAUGCAACAGGACUUGGACACUCGGUUAUACCUGAGGCUUCAAUAGCAUUGCGCAAGAAUAGGGACUAUGUUAGGAUUGUUGAAGAGAAUGAAAGGAACAAGAAUGAAGCACAUAUGUACAAGAGCCAGUUAGAGGUGCUAAGAGAUGAGUUGCAUAGUUUCAAGAAUCAGUUUAAAGACUACCAGAGUACGAUGAACAAUCGUGUAGCUGACCUGGAAUGCAAUCAAAGAGAGUCUCAUCAGGAGACUAACAUGGAUGCCUAGGCAUCCGGUUAAUGUGUGGCUUUUUUGUUGCCCAGCUGACUGAUCUUUUUGGAAAGUCGUAGUUGAAGUAACAAGUUGCUUAUAUUCGUGAAGUACUAAUGUCUUUUGGUCCUUUCUUUUGAUGAUGCACAUAUAUGGAUGUGGUGGCAGUCUCUACAUUGUGUCUAGUUUAACAGUCAGCAUAGUAUAUAGGUUGACAAUGUGCCAACGGUUGCUGCCAUGCAUUUCACACAAAAAAGCUUGA